ACUGACGACAUGCCGCCAUGUUGAAUGUCAACAUGCUGGAGAAAAACAAAAACCGUCAAAAGAGUUUCGACUUUUAAUUGUGACAGUGUGAGUUUUUGAUAAAUAUUUUUUGUGAUAACCCAAUUGAAACGUCGAAAGUAUAUUGAAACUGAAAAAGAACUUUCAGCUUUUUUUCUAAAUAUUUAAAAAUUCGUAAAAAGAUAUUACUAAUCUAAUAAAAAUGCCUAAAUAUUUUACCAGAUUUCAAAUAACUUAUUUAUAUUGCACUAGUCUAUUUUUAUUUUUGAGUCAGAAUAGGUACAUUUUCUAAUUGGUACUUGAUCGUUUUUUACUACUAUGGAUACAAUAUUCCAUGAAAAGCAAGAAGGUUCUCUAUGUGCACAGCACUGUUUAAAUUCGUUGUUACAAGGGCCCUAUUUUACUGCCGUUGAUUUAAGUACUUUAGCACAAAAAUUAGAUGACGAAGAAAGAAAAAGAAUGGCUGAAUGUGGUGAAGAAAGUGAAGAAUAUCACAAGUUCCUUCAGCAGCCAUCGGGAAAUAUGGACGAUAGCGGAUAUUUCUCAGUUCAAGUUAUAAGUAGUGCGCUACAAGUUUGGGGGUUAGAAUUAGUGCCUUAUUCUAGUACCGAUGAAAGACUCGAUAGUAAUCCGAGUGAAAUGACUGCCUUUAUAUGCAAUUUUCGAGAUCACUGGUUUACAAUAAGGAAAAUUAGCAAUCACUGGUUUAACCUAAAUUCCCUUCUCUCGAGGCCAGAACUUAUAUCAGAUACUUAUUUAACGUUGUUUUUGGCACAGUUGAAAAAUGAUGGUUAUUCCAUAUUUGCUGUGCUAGGAGAAUUACCCGAAUGUACCGCCGAUGAAGUAUUAAGCAGUAGUAAAAAUAUCAUUACUUCCGAACCAAUGAAAAAUGUAUCAAAUGAAAGUGAUCCCGAUUUACAAGCAGCACUCCAGUUAAGUCUAGUAGACGAUAACGACAUUGUACCACAGGAAACGGAAGACAGUGAUCUACAGGAAGCGCUCAGGUUGAGUUUGCAAAGUAUCCAAACCAGUCCAGAAGAAGAGGACGAAGAAACUCUUUUACAGAAAGCUAUCAAUAUGAGUUUGCAGUGCUAGUGAAUGAUAUAUUUUUUUGUUAUUUGUUAUAAUUCUAACUCAGUUAUGUAUAUGAUAUUUUAUCUAAUUUUAUAUAUAAAUAAAAAUAACUUUGUUUACAUUGGA